UAUAGUCCCGUGUGUCCAGCAUAAUAGAGACAUUAAAACAAAGUUUAAAUGUACGACGACAGCGACGAAAGUUCGCCUUUUGUGAUGCUUUCAUCGCCCACAAAAUCAUGGCCUGCCAGUUACGGCAAGAAAAACGGCAUGUGGUAUGCAUCGCCUGGCAAUCAGGGUUGGGGCUCAAAACCCGUCAGUCGUAAGCCUUCAAUAAUGGAAGCGGAUUUGGGCACAUUAUCGACCACAUCAGGUUCGAUAAAACGUAGUGCCGGACGUGUGAUACGCAUUAUUAAUAAUUUGGACCACUCCGUGCAGUGUCGCGUUCUGCUUAAUUUACGCACUUCCCAACCAUUUGAAGAUGUCCUAGAAGAUUUGGGUCAAGUGUUGAAAAUUAAUGGCGCAAGAAAAAUGUACACCGGCACGGGUCAAGAGCAAAAACUUAACUUGUCUGCUAUGGGCUUUCUUGAUUUUGCUGGUAGUCGCUGGGACCGCAAGAAAGUUUCUUACUUAUAA